CUGACAAAAAGUUCAAAAUCCAACAGUCAGGUGGCUUUUUGAUGAUGAAAUGAUUUAAAGACAUGUUGCUUGUCCAUGUUACAAAGAAAAAAGGGAGAAGAAAGUCUGAGGGAAAUCACACUAUCUCAUAUGCAAAAGACCUAAAACUGUUCUUUUGCUGAGAUGGCGCAGUAAUAAAAGUGUUGGGUUUGAACAUGUCACUGUGAGCAUCAUAAAUCUUGACUGAAAAGAUCAUGCAGAAUAUACUGUUGGAUUAACAUAAUUUUUACGACCUUAAAGCAGCUUCAGGUGAAAGGGGGAAAAGGUUGAAUUACAUAAUUUAUAGAUGAAUAGUUAAUGCGUUGCGAAUGGGGACACCAGAAAUAAAGGGAAUCUCCACAGCCUGAAUAUAGACAAGAUGGAGCGCCCUAAAGGCCUGGGCUGCUCAUUAAUUUGCAGCAGAGCGUGUGGUCGGAUGCUGCGCCUCCGCUCGCCGAUGCCUCUACUGCGCAGCCGCAGUUCCUCCAGGACGCAGAGGAGAAGAGGGAGACUAAAGAUGGCCCUCGAUAAUUUAAUUUUCGCCCAGUGCAUCCUUUAUUUUUUAGCCUUCGUUUUCGGUUUUAUAGCCGUGGUGCCUCUGUCUGAAAACACGGAGGAUUUCGGAGGAAAAUGCCUGUUGUUUACUCGGGGUAUGUGGCAAAAUGAGAACAUCACUGUGUCGAAGCAGCGCUUCAUCGUAGAGGAGUGGGGACCGGAGUCCUCCUGCAGCUUCAUCACUUUUGUCGGGAUAGCGUCCCUCAUCCUGUCCGCAGUGCAGGCGUGGAGGCUGCUCUUCUUUCUGUGCAAAGGACACGACGACUCCAUCUUCAAUGCAUUCCUCAACCUCCUGAUCAGCUCCCUGGUAGUGUUCACAGUCUUCCUUUCCAGCACCAUUGUCAGUGUAGGUUUCAACCUGUGGUGUGAUGCCGUCACAGAGGGUGGGACCAUGCCCAGCAGCUGUGAGGACCUGCAGGACACUGAUUUAGAACUUGGCGUGGACAACUCUGCUUUUUAUGAUCAGUUUGCAAUAGCUCAGUUUGGUCUGUGGGCUGCCUGGCUCACCUGGCUAGGCAUCGCAGUCAUGGCUUUUCUGAAGGUCUACCAUAAUUAUAGACAAGAGGACCUGCUGGACAGCCUGAUCCAUGAGAAGGACCUGCUGUUGGGCCGCUCUUCACGCCGCAACUCUGACCUCAAAACUGGCCUGAUCUAGACACCAGAGAACACACCAACACACCUUCAACCAUCCAGUCCUCUCACCUGCCAUGAGAAACACCACUGUUUGCCUCUGUAGACAAUCAAAAUCAAUUGGCUUUUGCUCCCAUUGACCACGGAUUGAGUCAAACUGAAGGUUUUAGCUUUGUUCACCAAGGGUCAUUGAUUUUCCCUCAAAAAAAAAUCUACCAGUGGUUCUUAAUCCUUGGACAAUCCUGCUUUACUGAGUCUAUUUGUCCACUGUGGGUAUUUAGAGCUUUGUGAAUGCAUAACAGCUGAUAUACAUUCCUCUUUAAGACACACAACCGUAAUUAAGCUUUGAUAGUAUUCAAAUUAUUUAAUGGAAACGUAUGCCCAGUUCUUCCUAGCUCAUAAGUAUUCUUUAAUAUUCUUUUUAGCAGUGGCUUGGAAAGACAGGCUGAUGGAUCAUGUUGUCUUCGUGAAACCUCUGCAUGCACCUAAUGCAUGAAAAAAAAGGUGGUUUUUAGAUGUAUAGAGGAUGUUACUUUGUUUUAUAUGCCAAUAAAUGUGUUCUUAAGGUAGGUGUUUUUUCAGGUAGGAUUUGCACUGCGUCUUGGUGAAGUGAGAACUCUUUGCAUGCUGCAGCAAAGUAAAUUGACGUGUGCUUUUGCAGUGUAUUCACACUUUUAUCCACAGUUACAAAAGGUGUUUUAUAUAAAUGACAAAUUGUGAUUGAGAGAACCAUGUAUUAGGCAGCGCGCCCAAAAUGCUUUCAGCAGCCUGUGUGAGAUAAAAACAAAUCUUAUAUUGUGCCAUAUAGUAACUCAGGCUUCUCCUGCACAUUUUAUAGGCUACAAACCAAUAUACUGUGUAACUGUGAACAGACGCACACAUAUACCUGCAUGCAUCUCUCUCUCUCUCCGUGUUACAUACACAUCACUCAUCUUUUGUGUUUUCAGAUUUUACAAGAAGAAAGCAAGUCAUCUGCUGGACUUUGAUAGGCAAUGACAGUUUUAUUCAAAACAAUUUAAAUCAUAAAACGGUAAGAACUAAGAAAACCUUCCAUAAAGGCACUUCUUUCAAAGUGACCAUAAAUGUUUGGACAGCUGUGAAAUGCAGUUGCUACACUAAAUGUGCAUAUAAAGGACAUGAGUUCACUAGGUAUUGUUUUAUUGCUAAUGACAAUUUAGUUUGACAGUACAGAGUCAAGAGUUUCUCUUCUAUAUUAGCCUCAUAUUGCUUUGACAUUCAAAUGUGAGACCUCCAAAAUCCAACGCUUUCUAUUGAUUUCCCUGAAAAAUGUUACAUAAAGGACAAUGUUUUACUGGAAA